AUGCUUAAAUUCGCACUUUUCCUAACACUUUUUACUACGGUGGCAGCUUGGAAUCGGCAAAAUCAUUUCGGCAAUCCUUGCUACCUUUGCUCAUGUUUCACCGUUUAUACUGAUAGAGACGUGGCAGUGCCAUUGAGACCGUAUGCCAUGGCAAUUGAUGGAUAUGAUACCACUGAAGACAGAUGCCUUGCGACAUGCCAGAGAGAUAAGAGAUGCCGAGCAGCUGUAUAUGGAAUGGUUGGCGGACGAAGUGUGUUCACUUGUGAAUUCUACGAAAGAUUCAACACGAAAAGUGCUCCAGUCUACACAACAUAUGUGAACAUGUACAUGAAACGAUCCAGUGAAUGCCCACUUCCAAUCUCUCAUCUGUCGUCAAUUGAAAUGAUCCCAGCCGACAACUCUUCAUUGAAAAGACGUGCUAAGAUUGAGAAACUGAUUGGAAGAAAGAAUCCAUUUCUGGGUUAG